AUGGACAGAGGGCAAAGUCAGGGAAAGAGAGAGAGAGCAGAGGAAGAGAGCAUUGAGGGAGCAUCCACUUUUUCGUUCAUCUCUCCGGUACCCAUAGAUGUAUAUAAUGGUCAAUACGACGUGUUCUUGAGCUUUAGAGGCUCAGAUACCCGCAAGGCAUUCACCGAUCACCUCUAUCACAGUCUGAUCAAGGCAGGGACGGUACCGAUUUGCGUGUUCAGGGAUGACAAUAGCAUCCCAAUUGGCGAGGAAUUUGGUUCACAGAUUCUUGAUGCUAUCACACGGUCUAAAAUUUCGAUUCUCAUCAUCUCGGAAAAUUAUGCUUCGAGCAAAUGGUGCCUCCGUGAGCUCACUCAUAUCAUGGAUUGCAAGAAGAGAACAUCACACAUGGCCUUGCCCAUCUUUUACAAAGUGGACCCAUCAGAUGUGCGGUAUCUAAAAGGAAGUUUUGGGGAGGCCUUCCAUUCGCGUAAGAAGCGUUUUGAUGAGAAGGACAUUCAGGAAGGGCUGCAAGCACUUAGAGAAGUGAGUGACUUACAUGGAUGGGAAUCUGAGAAAUUUGCUAACGGGCAUGAAGGAGAAUUAGUGGAAAAAGUGGUUGAAAAUAUUCUGAGCAAGUUGCGACAAGAUUUUCAGCUUGAUGUUACUAAGCACUUGGUUGGAAUUGGGUAUCAUGUGAACAAAAUUAGGAAAUGGGUAGACACUCCUACCGUGUUGCUCGAAUGA